AUGGUGUUUGAUCUACUAUCGGAUGUUGGAACCACCACAUGGCUGACCGUCCUGCUCGUCUUGGUCCUGUCCUGGUACUGGACGGCCAGCCAAUCAAAAAAACUCCCACCGUCACCUGGGAUAGCUUUACCUUUCAUCGGACACAUGUAUCUGCUGGAGAAGAAUCCCAGAAAACAGUUCGAACGGUGGGUCAAACGGUUCGGUCCGGCGUUCAGCCUGAGGUUUGGGAUGAACCAAGUCGUGGUGCUCAACACGUACGACGUGCUGAAAGAGGCGCUGGUCAAGCAAGGUGACCACUUCUCUGACCGGCCAAGAACGGGAUUUAUCGCGGCCAAUGUACCCUUACACUCCAAGGGCGUUAUUUCUUCUUCCGGUGCCAAUUGGAAAGAACAAAGAACAACAUCUCUGGCAAUUUUAAGAAACUUCGGCAUGGGAAAAAAUAUUUUGGCUGAGAAGAUCUCUGUGGAGGUUUCUAAAUACAUUGAAGCAAUUUCUGAAAGUGGAGGAAAGCCUACAGACAUCAGGACUCUGACCAACAUCAGCGUUUCGAAUAUAAUUUGUUCAAUUAUUUGGCAAGAGAUUUGA